GCACGUGCCCGGACGCCCCGGCCCCCCUCCCACGCUGGGGCUGCCGCGCCCAAAGCUCUGCGGGGCAGGGCGGGGGGUCCCGGGCGCCGGAGCUCCCGUGGGAUCAGAGGGAGAGUCCCCGGGGUGAGGAAGGGGCGGCCCGGGGUCCGCGGCGUGGGAGGGGGAGGCUCGGGACGUCCCGCUGCCCUCUCGGGUUUCCUGGGCCCCCUUCCCGGCUCGGUCCCACUUUCACUUUCGGCGGCGGCUCCGCCGCGGCCCGAGGGGUCCCGGGGGAGGCUCCGGGAGCGCUCGCGGGUCCCGGUGCGCCGUCCCCGGCUCCGCACCGCGAUGGACUUGCCCCCCCUCCGCUCUGCUCUGGUGCCGCUCCUGCUCCUCCUGGCCGUGCCCACCCCCAGCAUCUGCUGCUCCUUCGGCUUUAACCCCAUCAGCAGCACCUUCAGCACCCACCUGAACAACCUGACCCCCUGGCUGCUCCUCGACUACCCUGUGGCGAUGCCCAGCAACCUGGAGCCGGACAGCGUCUGCUCCGAUCUCUGGGGGCUUCACUUUGGGGCACUGGCGCUGCAGCGAAUGUUGGGGGUGGCGGGGAAGGAUUUGGCCCCCCUGCUCAGGAACCUCCUUGCCCAGCUCCACUUCGUGGCCGAGUGUCACAUCCAGGACCCCCAGCGCUGUGUCCGGCUGGAGAUGGUGAACGUGUCGCAGCUACUGGAGACGCUCGUGCAGCACCUGGGGGGGCUGCAAGGGAGACCCCUCCACUUCCCCGGCUGUGCCCGCUUGCGCUGCCACCCAGGCCCGGCGCUGACCAGCCCAGCAGUGCGGCACGAGGGGCUCUUGGGGGCCAAGCAGGGACCCCCCAGCCCUGCUGGACAUGGGCUGGUGCUGCUGGGGGGAGUUGGGGUGGCCUUGGGCUUGGUGGCGGUGGGGUGGGUACUGUGGAGGAGACCCUGUGCCCAGGUGGGGACACCGGGGGCACUGAGGGGCACUGGGGACACCGGGGAGGAUGGCGUUCCUGGGGACGCGGCGGGUGGUGAGGGCACGAGGGGCACUGGUGGUGGUGUGUGCACUGGGGACACUGUGGAUGCUGGCUGUCGUGGGGACCUUGGGAGCACUGGGGGCUGUUGUGGGGACACUGGGAGCACUGGGGGCUGUCUUGGGGUCACUGGGAGGAGGACUGACAACACUGGGAGCACGAGGGAGCGCUGGGAGGUCAUUCCCCUCAGCCCCCCCCAGCCCUCACAGGGACCCCCGACAUGGGAGCAGGACGGGACCUGAGUGGCCGAGUGGUACUUGGGGACAGACACAGGCUGGCCUGAGCCACUGGUGAGAGAUGGGGACCCCCCAGUUCCCUGCUGGAAGCCCUCGGGAGCUACACUGGGAUCUCCCAGAGCGACGGAGAGACGAGGGGGCCCAGCCUGGCCCCGUGCAGUGCCCAUAAAGCUGAUGUUGACACCCUGA